UGACAGAGCGGCCGGGAGGCGCUCAGGCGCGCAGGGUGCGGGUACCGGGGCUGCCAUGGAUGGCCUCCCGGACGCAGCCCCCCGGGGCCUCGGGGGGUGCCUCCCCCUCCGCAGGCUGGUCCCCAGAGGCUUCGGGGCAGAGGCGCGGACACUCCUGGUGCUUUCUGGGCCCGUGUUCCUGUUCCAGGUGCUGACCUUCCUGAUCUACUUCGUGAGCACUGUGUUCUGUGGGCACCUGGGCAAGGUGGAGCUGGCGUCGGUGACCCUCGCGGUGGCUUUUGUCAACGUCUGCGGAGUCUCCGUCGGAUUCGGUCUGUCCUCGGCCUGUGACACCCUGAUGUCCCAGAGCUUCGGCAGGCCCAACAAGAAACACCUGCUCCGCCAGGACCCCGCCGUGGCCAGGCUCACGCAGGACUACGUGCAGAUCUUCAUCCCAGCACUCCCGGCUGCCAGGGGCUCGCCAGCCCCAUGGAGGCUGCCCACGGCCAGCACUGCUCAACCUGCCACCCUCCUGCCCAAGGCCACCUUCCUUUACAUGCUGCUCGCAAGAUACUUGCAAAAUCAGGGGAUCGUCUGGCCCCAGGUCCUCAGUGGCGUGGUGGGCAACUGUGUCAACAGCGUGGCCAACUAUGCCCUGGUGUCCGUGCUGAGCCUGGGGAUCAGGGGCUCGGCUUAUGCGAACCUCACCUCCCAGUUCGCCCAGACCGCCUUCCUCUUCCUCUACAUUGUGCUGAAGAAGCUGCACCUGGAGACCUGGGCAGGCUGGUCCAGCCAGUGCCUGCAGGACUGGGGCCCGUUCUUCGCCCUGGCCGUCCCCAGCAUGCUCAUGAUGUGCGUGGAGUGGUGGGCCUACGAGAUCGGCAGCUUCCUCAUGGGCCUGCUCAGCGUGGUGGACCUCUCGGCCCAGUCUGUCAUCUACGAGGUGUCCACCAUGACCUACAUGAUUCCCAUGGGGCUCAGCGUGGCCGUCUGUGUCCGAGUGGGGACGGCUCUGGGAGCUGCGGACAUAGCGCAAGCCAAGCGCUCAGCCAUCUCGGGCGUGCUCUGCACAGUUGUCACGUCCCUGGUCGUGGGCACCCUGCUGGGCAUCCUCAGAAACCACCUGGGGUAUAUUUUUACCAGCGAUGAGGACGUCAUUGCCCUGGUGGACCGGGUCCUGCCGAUUUACGCCGUCUUCCAGCUGUUCGAGGCCCUGUGUUGUGUCUACAGCGGCAUCCUGCGAGGCACCGGGAAGCAGGCCUUCGGCGCCGUGGUCAACGUCGUCAUGUACUACGCCAUCGGCCUCCCGCUGGGCGGCGUGCUGACCUUCGUGGCCAGAAUGAGCAUCAUGGGCCUCUGGCUGGGCAUGCUGGUCUGCGUCUUCCUGGCAGCGGGUGCCUUUGUGGUCUACACCGGCUGUCUGGACUGGAAGCGAGCUGCAGAGGAGGCCCAGGAGCACGCGGGGAUGCAGCAGCAGGCGGCGGACAGCACAGCUCCCGGCCCCAGACCCGAAGCCGGGCCCCAGAAAGCGGCCGUUUCUUCAGUGGCUACCGGCAGCUGCCCCAGCAUCACCCUGAUGAAGUAUUCACGCCCUGAGGGCCCUGGGGACCUCUUCAGCUGCAUCCCUUCAGCUCCUGAGCGCAGACUGUCGGCCAAACAGCUGGUCAUCCGCAGAGGGGCUACUCUGGGGGCCGCACUGGCCACACUGAUGCUGGGUCUGGUGGCCAGGGUCCUGACUACCAGGCACUAGCAGAGCAGCUGAGGACAGAAGACGGAGUGGCUGAGCCCGGCACACACGUGCACAGCGUGCCCUCCGAGAGCACUGGUGGGGCCCGGUGCGGGUGGACAGGUGCACCACUCCCCAGAGAGAGCUGCGGCUGGCACCACGGUGACGCUCGGUGGGCUCUGCACGGCUGACCAGUCUGCUGGGGCGUCCUGGCUUUUUCUUCUCUGACCUGGACGGCACUUGAGAAGAUGCCAGCCAGCUGCAAGUGUGAGAAUCCUCGGGACUGUCACUAUUCUUCGACUGUGGAAACAGCUUCAAACGAGACUUCAAAACAAAAUUGCAAAAGCCACUGUUACAUAAAAGUCACGCCCUUCCCUGGCAUAGUCUGCUGACCGUCUGUUAGUCUCGGGGAGGUGGGAGGAGGGAGGCCCUCUGUGCCCCGUGGACAGUGUCGCUAGGCCCUGCCCAGGGUCUUCCCCCAGUCCUUUCCUGCCCUGCGCAUUCUCACCCUGAGACUGAGAAGGUGUGUCCUCACCACAGCCGGCAGUGCCGGGUCUCACAGAGCCCUAUUGCUUGCCACAGCCUUGCGGUGGAUUCAAUGCCACUCCAAAUUCCUGGGUGCUUUUCUUUGAGGCCUGGGUGGGUGAACACCUUCAGGCCAACGGGGAAUCAGGUCACACCUGGCCAGAGCGCGGAGGCCCUAGCACUGCCGCUGCUGCAUGGCUUCGGCACUGUCAUCUAGACACACAUUCACAGACAAGACAGACGUGCCCAUCGAGGUCGACGAGAAACGAUGCGCGGGGCACCUUCCUGAAAAGUCCCAUGCUGUGGGCUCACCUCCGCGCUGUCCUCGGCGCUGACGCGCUCCAGGCCUCCCUCUCACAGGGCGGCAGGAGCCCUUAUCAAACACCUCGGUGAGCACCUACUGUGUGCCCGACAAGUAGGUACACAGCCUAACCAAGCAAGCAGCGAGACAGUUCUGGACUCUGCACCUGCCCAGGUGCGUCCCAAGGUGAUUAGAGUUGAAGGAAAACGGGUCCUGAGUCCAGGAAGUUUGGGCCACCACACACACCAGCACCUCAGAGGUUCCACUGGAACCGAGUCCUUUCACACGCUGACGUCCGUUCAAACACAGGCCUGUCGCACCGGCCCUGGGAUGGUCUUUGUGCUGAAUUUUGUGGGGUUAGCGUGGCAAGAAUAUGCUUACAGAAACACUUACUUUAGAUCGGCAAACGGGGGUGGAAGGAUGCCGCCGGAAAAUCUGUUUACCGUAGCCACUAACACAUACGCACAAUAUAAAGUUAGGAAUUUAAAAUAAGAAACCACAAUAAAGAAAGCAAAUACCAGCUUUGACAGACGCAAGACUAUCUCCACAGGGUACAGCUGGGCGUGCCACGCUAAGAAUAUUAUUAAAGUCCGUGCCAAUUUUAUGAAAUAGAAUGUAUUUAUUUUGGAGAAUAUGUUAGUAGAUAAGCCCAUAGUUUAAUGAAAAAUUAUAAUGUACAGUACACUAUAAUUAAAAAUCCAUACUAAAAUUCUUUAAGACAUUUUAUGACUGAUUAUUCUAAUGGGGCUGCAGUUUACACAACUUGUCCCUAAACUAGGCUAGUGAUUAAUUACUGACAUCUUGCAUGUGACAAAGACAGAACACAUAGAGACAGCCUUAGUGGAACAAGUUA